AUGCCAGGGCCCGAUAUUAGAGCUGACGAAAAUGUUCAUGGCGAGAUGUCUUCAGCGCCAACGGCAACCGUUCACAGUGGUGUUGAAACUAAAACAGAAAGAAAAUUAACAGUUCUUGAAACACAUGGCUACGUUUUAGGAAGGACUAUCGGGUCAGGAUCAUAUGCAACAGUUAAGGUAGCCAAUAGUGAUAGACACAAUUGUCAAGUGGCAAUAAAAAUAAUAAGCAAGUUUCAAGCCCCUGGCGACUAUCUGAAGAAAUUUCUCCCUCGAGAGAUAGAAGUUGUAAAAGGACUGAAGCAUGAAAACUUAAUACGCUUCUUACAGGCAAUUGAAACCACUCACAGAGUAUAUAUUGUAAUGGAAUAUGCGGAAAACGGCAGCCUCUUAGACAUAAUCCGAAAAGACCAGCACAUUGACGAAUCACGCGGUCGACGUUGGUUUAGGCAAUUAGUUGAGGCGGUGGACUAUUGUCACGAGCGGGGUGUAGUUCACCGGGACAUUAAGUGUGAAAAUCUUCUUAUGGACAAUAGUCUGAAUAUUAAAUUAUCCGACUUUGGUUUUGCGAGAGGUCAUAUGAAACCGAAGAAUGGAGUCUACGCUUUAAGCGAAACGUUUUGUGGGAGUUAUGCCUAUGCCUCUCCUGAAAUACUGAAGGGAGUUCCAUACAGACCACAGGAUUCGGACAUUUGGAGUAUGGGUGUUGUUCUUUACGCGAUUGUUUAUGGUAGACUACCAUUUGAUGAUACCAAUUAUACCCAACUCUUAAAGCAAGUCCAGAAUAAGGUGUCUUUUCCUCGAGAGCCAAAAAUAUCAACGGAAUGUCGCAAGCUAAUUACAAAAAUAUUAGCUCCCCUGAAAUUACGAGCAAAAAUUCCUCAAAUCCUGGCGGAUCCCUGGCUUAAUCCGCAUCAGUCACCGAAAGAUGAAGAAUUAGAUAGCAAGCCAGAUAAUGCAACAAGUAAAGAAGAUAUAAAAAACGCAAACAUUGGAACUGUAACGUUCGAUAGAAAAUUUGAAGAAGUAAAGUAAAAAUACAAUGUUUUUAUAACACUUAAAUUAUCAAAUAUUAUCUCACAAAAUCUUGUA